GGUUUGAGAAGGGCGGGCGGAAGAGAAUGGUGAAGCAGGUGAAGAACGCUGUCAAGGCGGCCAAGCGCAAGCUCCACACUGGCAGGCGCGGGAAUCCGGGGAAUGCAGCGAAAUACAUUACUCGGAACAAGGCGCUCAAUCGGCUCCAAAUCAAGCUCCCCGAAUUCAGGCGGUUGUGCAUUCUCAAGGGAAUCCAUCCCAGAGAACCAAAGAAAAAAUUUGAAGGGCAGAACAAAACUUACUAUCAUGUCAAGGACAUAAACUUCCUUCUGCACGAGCCACUCCUCGAGAAAAGCAGGGAGAUUCGUGCUUACGAGAAGAAAAUUACCAAGGCCAGGGCCAAAUACAAUACAGACCUUGCGCAUCGUUUGCAAAAUAAUCGGCCAUCUUUCACACUUGAUCAUCUAGUCAAGGAGAGGUAUCCUUCUUUUAUUGAUGCCGUUCGCGACUUGGAGGAUCCUCUGACUAUGAUCCAUUUGUUCGCUACUCUACCGGCUGACACAACCCAUAGCGUUCCAUUUGAGCGGGUGCAUAGUUGUCGAAGGCUGAGUCUUGAAUGGCAAGCAUAUGUUACGCGAACACACUCUUUACGGAAAAUAUUCGUCUCUGUAAAAGGGAUCUACUAUCAGGUCGAAGUAUCGGGCCAGAAGAUCACGUACUUGACUCCACAUGUUCUCAAUCAGGUUCUUCCGGAGGACGUCGACUUUCGGGUGAUGCUUACAUUUGCCGAGUUUUAUGAGACGCUUCUGGGUUUCGUCAAUUUUAAACUUUACCAUUCCCUGGGAUUAAACUAUCCUCCAGUUUUGGAUCCUCGAUUGGAGCAGGCUGCUGCAGAACUCUAUGCACUGAUGAAGGACUUGGCUGGCGGAACUACAUCUGCCCCUCUCUUGGAAGAUGCCUCGGCGAAAGAAGACGAUGCUCCUGUUUCUGUGGACGAACAGCAAAGCCUAAUGGAAGCAGAAAACAAAGAGAAGAGGAUAGCGGAGUCUCAAGCAAGACUAGCGUCUUUGCAAGAUAGACUGAAGCAAAUAGAGAAGGAGAAGGAGAAGCCACAAGACGUUCCAGUGCAAGUCAAAACUGAAGCUAUGGACGUGGAUGACGUUAUCGAAGAUGAGGAUCUGGAAACACGGACCUGCAGGCGCUUGUUUCAAAAUCUCACCUUCUUUUUGGGGAGAGAGGUUCCGAGGGAGUCGUUAUUGUUUGUUAUUCGUUCUUUCGGAGGUGCAGUAUCCUGGGAUGGAGAUGGCGCCCCUUUUCCGGAAAAUGACGAAGUCAUUACACAUCAGAUUGUAGAUCGCCCAACACAAGGACACAAAUUUCUAUCGAGGCAUUAUGUCCAGCCGCAAUGGGUGUACGAUUGUGCGAACAACAGGAUCCUGCUGCCAACGGAGCCUUAUCUCCUUGGAAGGAUUCCUCCGCCGCACCUAUCGCCGUUUGUGGAUAACGAGGCGGAGGGACACGUUCCAGAGUACGCUGAUACCAUCAAAAGGCUGCGGCUUGCGGCGAACCAGCAGCUGGCGCCACUGCCAGGAAGUGAAUCCGGGAUCGAUGAAGGUGAACUUUUGGUUGCGGCUGCUGCUCGGCGUCGGGAAGAUCUUGAAGCCGAAAAGGAACGCGAGCUAGCUGCGAUGGAGAAAUCCUAUGCCGAAGACUUGAGGAGAGAGCUGGCGGGGAAAUCUUUCUCAGGAGAAGAGGAAGCUCUUGCGGAUGUGCCAGAAAGUGAGGUCCUUCCGCCACCGAAAGAGGACGAUCCCAAGGACAUGGCGAAGAUGAUGCUGUCCAGGAACAAGAGAAAUCUCUACCAAGCCAUGGAGAUGAGCAACACCAAGAAGAAGGAAGAAGUGAAGCUGAUCAAGGAAAGGAAGCGAAAGGCUGACGAGAAAGAAAGAAAGAAGAAGACUAGAACAAUGUAGAUCUACGAAGUAUAUUCACAAGAAGAUUCCUUGGACAAUAUUUUAGGGCAUGUGUUACCUGGACUGUGAUCCAGCCGUUGAAGUCGUAUGACGGCCCCGAUUGUAUCUUAAGCUUAAGAAGUGGUU